CGUAGGCCAGAAGGCAUAUCUCUUCCCCGAUUGCAAAGAAGAGCGUUGCUGGCCACUGCCUGUCAUCGUACUCGCGCAGCGCAGCUCACGAGAUGCCAGCGUCGUCUUUUGCGAACAGAGCUGGACAGCGCAAUCGGUCAGCAGGGGCAUCGAGCGUAAAAUCUGGCAUCAAAGACGACCUUCGCCAGCAAGGCGAAUCUGAACAGCUCUCAAAUCCGGCUCAUCGAACCGCAAGCGAGCCACGAAAAACAGAUUACAUUCCGAUAUAUCAGGAGCACUGCAGUAGCGAGCGAGGGCAAGGUGAAGAUCUGCACGCCUCGAACAUCUCCUCAGCAGGGGAAUUUUUGCCAGCCGAAGGUACACAUUCGCACCCAUCUCCGGCGGGGCGUACGAUCCGAUUGAAUCAGUAUGGGCAUGAGCUUGACGGUCAGUUUGACUGGGCUGUCGACAAGUCGAAGAGAAUGAUCAAGGAGCUCCCACGUCGAUCUCUAGCGGGCCACCUCGGCUCGCCUCCAUCGAUCAAUCGAGAUGCUGAAGAUGUGCCACUUGGCCUUGUCGAAAGGAGGGUGCACGCUUCGCGGGGGUCAGGAGAAACACUCGGCGACCUUCCAAACUUGAUCCAAGACUUGCGAUACGAGGGGAAGCACUACGAGCGCAAGCAGUGCGUGCCGGUCUAGCUCCGGGCAUCGAGAUUCCGAUCAAGAGUCUACCUCCUUGCCAAAUUCUGAGACCGAAGGGGAAAUUUUCACUGAAGGCGUUAGCGGUCGCUCGUUGUCCAGG